AUGAGCGGUUUCAAAUUUUCUAAAGCGUGCUGUAACUUUCUGACAGCACAAGUCCCCGAUGCUGUAUUCAACAGCGAUUUUACAUCCGAGGAAGUUCCUUCUGCAGAACCCUACUAUGGGGUUCUGCUCUUCUUAGAUAUAUCAGGAUUCACCGCCUUAACAGAAAAGUACACGGCGAUGCAUGAGCAAGGCCAUGGGGCGGAUGAGUUGACUAAUGGACUUAACUGCUAUAUCAGCAAACUGGUUGAAUGUAUCCUUGAGGAAGGUGGCGACAUUCUGAAUUAUGCAGGUGAUGCGAUUCUGGCUCAAUGGAUAGUCGAGGGGAUGCAGACAAGUGAUGUCAUAUCUCUGGCUGUCAAAUGUGCCUUGAAAAUUCAGAGUGAGUGUGGCAUUCAGGAGAUGAAAUAUGACUGCGAGCUACGUGUCAAAAUAGCCAUAUCAGCUGGGAAACUCUCCAAAAUAAUAGUGGGAGAGAAAUCCAGGCGUUUUUAUGUCAUCAUUGGCCCAGCUGUGGAGGAGGUGCGAUUGGCUGAGCCUCUGGCAAAUCCUGGGGAUGUUAUUCUCUCACCUGAAACGUGGAAGCUCUGCACACUAGAGAACUUGGUCAUCGAACGUAUUGAGAAUAAAAAAGCUGUGAAGAUGCUCCGUUUCAAGAAAGAGCCCAGAUUCUCAGUGGAAAUGUACCAUCAGAUGCUGAGCAAGGACAACAAAAUCCCUGACAAAAGCUGCCUGAGAUCAGCUUUCCAAUCAAUGCCUGACAUAGAGAGAGAGAACUUCCUCAGAAAAUAUAUGAUGAAAACCGUCUUGCAAGACAUUGAUGAUAACCAGCCACCGGAAUUCUCAUCAGAGAUACGGCCUGUGACUGUCAUGUUCAUUAAUAUGACAUAUGUUUCGGGUUAUACUCCGACGGAGCUGUGUGGCUUUGUUCAAGAAGCCACCGUCAUUAUCAGCAAGAAGCUCAGUCCCCAUGGCCACAUCAACAAGAUAUUCUUUUUCGAUAAGGACUGCACAUUUCUCUGUGUAUUCGGCUUACCUGGGUAUAAGAGAAAGGAUGAGAGUGCUCUUGCACUGAUGGCUGCCGAUAGUAUACACAAGACCUGCUGCCAAAAACUGAAGCAUUUAAAGACUAUCUCAGUUGGCGUAACUACAGGUCUAGUGUACUGCGGUAUGGUGGGCCAUCAUUUGAGGAAUGAAUACACAGUAAUGGGAGACAAAGUGAAUCUGGCUGCCCGGUUGAUGAUGUACUACCCGGGGAUCGUAUCAUGUGAUUGGGAGACCAGGUAUUACUCUGGCCUGCCUUCUUGCUGCUUCAUGGAGGAGACUGAGAAAGAUCUGAAGGGUGUGAGCGACCCGGGGAAGAUCUAUCGCUUUGAGCCCAGAAAUCAUCAAAGGCAUGUUGAUGAAGCACCAGUGGCAUUAGAGAUAGAAAAGGACAGCGUGGUUGGGGACAUGCAUCGCACUCUAACUGAGCUGAACGUAUUGGGGGCAGCUGAGGGGAUGACAGUAAAGCGUGCUGCCUUCCUUGGCCGCACCUUCACCACUGAGAUGCUGCUCAACAUCUUGCCCAGUUCAUUAAAACAGAAGCUCAACAACAUCCUAAUGACACUCUUCAAAUCGGGUGUCUUCAAGUGCGCCUCCAACACGACAAACGUUUCAUCAUCCAAGACUGAAGAGGCAGAGCUCAUCUGUUACUGUGAGAGCAACAGCACAGAUGGACUGGCCUCAGUAGAUGGUGUGUGGAAGUGCCAGCUGAUGUGUUUCUGCAAAGAUAUAGUAAUGGAGAUGACCUAUCAGCAGUUGCUGAAGGAGCAGAAGCAACAGCUCCAUGGAAUUUGUGCCAGCUACCUGGAGAAAAAGGCAUACCGCUGCAACAAAUGUGCCAUUGACACUAACAGCACGCUGAGUAAAAAUGUCCUGCACCUGAUUGCGGGAAAUGGUAAUGAUAGAGAGAACUUCCUGGCCAAGGUGGACUCGAUAGUGAAGGAAGAGCAGGCCAGGACGACUGCAGGCUGCAGGUGCGAGUGCGCUCAGCUAUUGGAGACAGUGCUCAUCCCUAUAGUGAGACACUGGAGAGGAGCAGGACACGUCUCCAGGACGUUUUACUAUCUGCUGGAGUGUGCGGCUGUCUGUACAAGACUUUCUGAUGACCUCAGGGCAAUGCACUUUUUGAAGGAGGCCAAAAUCAUUUUGGAAAACCUAAACGAAGAGAAUCCUAUAUUUGAGUUAGCGGCUCCUGGAUCUCUUCAGAUCUGCGAAUUUGACCAAGCCGUUAUGCAUCGGCUCACAGGAGAGAUUCUGUUUAAUGCAGGCAACAUUUUGGAGGCAGAGGAGAAUUUCGAGAAAGCCUUGAAGCUUCUCAACUGCAGCCUCCCCAGUAAUGGUGUUGCACGAUCCAUAAAAUUAAUUUGGGAGAAGAUCAAGGAAUAUCGCUAUCAGUCCAGAAACUUGGAGAGCCCAGAGAAGCGGAAGCUAGAAUUUCUGCAUGAGCAGAUCUCUUGUCUGUCCUUCCUGUGGCAAAUCAGCUGCAUGCGUGGCCAGUCCAAGAGUGCCUCAUUGGCCAUCACUAUUCAGGGCAACUUGGCCACUCGGAGCACCGAUAUGUUCGAGAUGCUCUACUCCACCAUUGACUAUCUCCAGUACAGUCAGUUUGUGAGUGAGGAGAGCGAGUGCAGGAGUCUUGAAGCCUGGCUGUGCAGGAUGUGCGCCGGACUGUCUGACUGCGCUGAGAGCCGGAGGGUGAUCAGCCACUUGACUCGCACCCUUGCCAUGGUUCAGCUGUGCACAGGAAACCUGAAGCAGUCCAUCGAUUUCACUAUUCGAGCUCAGCAGUUGGGUGGACUCUGUUUGGAUGCAAGGGCCAUUGGUGUGUUACAUCUGGCUCUGCUCUUCACUGGCAGAUACGAGGAGAGUAUGCAGCUGAUCUUUAAACUGGAGAGCCUCAGCAAUGAAAAGUCCAGCAGCAUAGCUAAGGGCUGGUUUUAUGCUGCCUGCUUGAACUUCCUGCUAUAUACUGGCUUUUCACUGCGACCAUUUGAGGAGUGUUUGGCCUUCGUGAAAGAGUGUCAGUCAGAUGCCAACCUGGUAGCCGAUAAGAGUCUGAUGAUGCAUCUGUACUCGUCACUGGCUCUGUGGUAUGCACGGCUGAAUGAGUGGGACAACGUUGCAGUCUUCUACGAUAAGGCGUUCGCAAUGUACAGUCAGCUUCCUGCCUCCAUCCACUCCAUCAGCGGUGUGGCCGCCUUCCUAGAGUGCAGUGUUCUGUUGUUCAAGAAAGAGAUGGCUAAAUCCAGCAGACACUGCAAGAAGGACUACAAAAGAACACUGAAGCUCUUUUCAGACUUUAGGCAGCGCUUUGGCAGAAAUCACAUCUUCGUCCCUCGUGUGAUGCACCUAAAUGCUUUCCUGUACCAGCUGGUUGACAGGAAGACGCUGGUAGAGGACCUCCUCAUGGAUGCUCUGCAGCUGUGUGAGAAACAGGGAAACCUGUUACAUCACAAGCAGAUCAAGCAGAGCCAGGCCACAUGGUCUGGUGCAUACAGUCAGACUCCAGCUGAUUGCUCUGCAGACAUUAUGACCAUGUCCUGUUGGGAUGAGGAAGCAAUACUCAAGCCUGAGGAGCUGUUUCAGUAUUGUCUUAAUCCAGAACUCAUCUCAGAAGCGCAUUCCUCAAUUGAAAGCAAUCAUGGCAGAUUGCAUGAACAGCCAUCCCAGGAGUGCAUUACAGACCAUCUUCAUCAACCUGACCAGCCAGAGCACCGGAAGACUCAAGGUAAAAAGCCAGCUGUGGAUGUGUGUUCCUGCAGCCCUCGGUUUUGGCAUUGGAUGCUGGAAGUGCUCUUCUUGCCACCUAAACCAGAUGAUGCCGGAGGAGGAACCUGAUGCUCCCUCACACACACACACACACACACACACACACACACACACACACACACACACAAUUUAGCCAACAUUGACUAACAUUAUCCAUUGUUAUCAGGCAUUCAUAGACUACAAUUUCAGCCCUAAAAUUACUGUUCAGUUUUACCUUUUCUAACCAUCAGGGUGGUGUUUAACACCUGGAUAACCCUGCCAUAAGGUAAUGAGGAACUGACGCACCUAUGGCUAUCUAGGAAGGGGUUCUGAGAUGCUCGCCACACUCAGAUCUGGAGAGUCUGGAGACGAGUGCUGGCUGAGCACCAAGAGGAGUGCUCGGACCUCAGUGUUCAAUACCAUGUUAAACGCAACAGCUGGUGGUUAUAAAAGAUGAAAUAGAACAGGCUUCAUAAAGUAUCUGGUGUCAUGUAGAAGAGGAUAGGUUCCCUUUUGAAUCUGGUUCCUCUCAAGGUUUCUUCCUGAUGAUAUUUCAGGGAGUUUUUCCUUGCAACUGUCCCUUUAAUCUAAACUAAUAAAAUAAAUCUAAA